UCUCGGCCCGCCCCCUGUCACGUGAGUCGGACGGCAUCUCUCCUCCCCCUUCCCCCUGUUCAUCGGUUCAAGCCCGUCCCCUGCCUAGCAGUGACCGUCUGAGCCAUGAUGCAGGAAGGCCUGGAUGAUGGACCCGACUUCCUGUCAGAGGAGGACAGAGCGCCUCGAGCAAUCAAUGUAGAUCUGCAGCCUGACGCCACUCUGCAAGUUGAUAUAUCGGAUGCAUUGAGUGAGAGAGAUAAGGUGAAGUUCACGGUGCAUACAAAGAGUUCACUACCAAACUUCAAGCAGAGCGAGUUUUCUGUGGUCAGACAGCAUGAGGAGUUCAUAUGGCUGCACGAUUCCUUUGUGGAAAAUGAGGAUUAUGCCGGAUAUAUUAUCCCGCCUGCACCCCCCAGACCUGAUUUUGAUGCCUCAAGAGAGAAACUACAAAAGCUUGGAGAAGGCGAAGGGUCAAUGACCAAGGAGGAGUUUACUAAAAUGAAACAGGAACUGAAGCAGAGUACCUGGCUAUUUUUAAGAAAACAGUGGCAAUGCACGAGUGUUCCUGUGCCGAGUGGCAGCUCAUCCUAUUCUUAGAAAAGAUUGAAUUUCCACGUCUUUCUGGAGUACAACCAGGAUGU